AUGCAGAAACCACGAGAGGGAAUGAUGAUUACCUCCAGCCAAGGAAGGCUAUCAUGCAAGUACCCAGCAGAAACCUGGGAAGAAAACCAGCUUGUUUUCAAGAGACCCCGGAUAAAUUUGUUGGUUCCCUCCAUGGAGAAGGAGGCUUCUCUAUCAUUACAGAGCAGAAAAUACAACUCUUCCAGCAUUGAUGUGUGUAUAAUUUCAAGCCACAGCUGCUCCACAGCAGAGCCACCCCCCAUAUAUCGACCCAAGGAAGCUUCCCAAUUGAGAGAGUAUGAUCCCUUUGACUUUACCUCUGAUCAACUGAAUCCUGACUAUGAAUGGCUAAGAAACUCUUCCUCAGACGAAAAAUGUGGUAUAGAUGUCAUUUCAAUGCUGAGCAGUAUUCUGAGACCAUACCCAUUGGGUCUGCGAAUGAACAAGCUAGAGGCCUUCGUGUGGAGUAAACAUAAGAUCAAUCUGCUUAGGCUAAGCCUGGAACAAGGUUACAAGAGCAGCCUUCAGUUCCUACAAACAGUGCCUGGCAUCAUCAUCAACUACCAGCCAAAGAGGCCUCUCCGAACCCUUGUAAAGCUGGAUCCAGCUGGUGACAAAGAUUCGUGCUGAUUAUCUCACCAUAGUAGACACAUCCAGAAAAAACUCUGAUAUUGCAAGAUCCCGGAAAGUGUUCAUCAUAAAAAGUGGCAACAGAAUCACGCUCAGAUUUCAGAUUUAAUCUCAUGUUGAAGGUGAUUUAGUGAAUCCCAAGGUGAAGGUGAUUUAAUCACAAGGUGAAGUUACUCCUGAAAAUGGAAUCCAGCCUAUAGAGGGCACAAUAUCCCUAUUUUUCUAAGGCCUUUAAAAAAAUGCAUGUUAACCUAACACUCUGAUGCUUGGUGUUAAUAGCUAAAUGAGAUUGUAUUAAAAGGAGCUUCGGAAAUUAGUUCCUCAGACCGGAGCAGGCUAAAUGUCUAUUUGAUUAGAAUGAGGCAUAGGAUAUAUCAUGAAUUAUUCAAACCUUUAUAAUAUUAGCAUUUCUUUUGUGCUGCUUAAGAAGGGGCACCUGGCAUGUGGUUCACCUACAGGGUUCUUAGAAAAGUAGUAAAAAUGAUAUUUUCUUUUGCGUUA